UCAGAAAAUGGCGGUUUCCACUUUUGCUUCUAUCAUGAAUUCAAGCUUGUUCAUCAUUGUUUGUGUCUUUUUGUUGGGUGCUAAGGUUUCUUGUGAAAGGACAUUUGAGGUCGGCUACCAAAAUGACACUUUUCUCAAGGAUGGAAAACCAUUUAGAUAUGUUGCUGGGAGUUUUCAUUACUCUCGUGUGCAUCCUUACUACUGGGAAGACAGAUUCGUUAAGAUGAGAGCUGCUGGACUGAAUGCUGCACAGGUAUAUGUUCCCUGGAAUGUACAUGAGAAGACUCCAGGGGUUUUCACCUGGGAUGGUGCAUCGGAUUUGGGUCGCUUCCUCUCACUGGCACAGAAAAAUGAUUUGGUUGUUUUACUACGUCUUGGACCUUAUAUCUGUGGAGAGUGGGAAUUUGGUGGCCUCCCAGCGUGGCUGCUCAACGAGAAUCCUGAUAUGUUUUUCCGCACAAGUGAUAACUCCUAUAUGAGGUUUGUGUCUCGAUGGUACGAACAAUUGUUGGAGAAGAUAAAGCCGAGCUUGUACAUAAAUGGAGGACCAGUGGUCAUGGUACAGAUAGAGAAUGAGUACGGCAGUUACUUUGCUUGUGACCGAGCCUAUACAGCCUCUCUCCGGGACAAGGUCAGGGAGAUUCUCGGUAAUGACGUCGUCAUCUAUACAACUGACGGUGCUGGAGACGGCUACCUGAAGUGUGGAGCCGUGCCCGGUGUUUAUGCCACGGUUGACUUCGGAACCACGUUGGACCCUGCAGCAUCCUUCAAAGCACAGAGAGACUACGAGCCACAUGGACCCUUAGUGAACUCUGAGUUCUACACAGGCUGGCUUGACCACUGGGGCUACCCACACUCAACGACAGAUAGAACCAGAGUGGCCAAGAGUCUAGACCUGCUGCUGGCUUACCAGGCAAAUAUAAAUAUGUACAUGUACAUUGGGGGAACAAACUUUGGUUUCUACAAUGGUGCUAACAGUCCGCCAUACCAGCCUGUGCCCACCAGCUAUGACUAUGACGCACCCAUCACCGAAGCAGGAGACAUCACUGAAAAGUUUUACGCUGUUAGAGAUAUUGUGUCUAAAUAUCUGCCUCUUCCUCACAUACCAAUUCCAGCCAAUACCACCAAGACAGCAUACGGCGUAGUCCCCAUGAGCUUUGUUUCGACAGUACAGGAUGCUCUGAGUGUUCUGUGUCCUGAGGGGCCUGUGCGAACAGCUUACCCCAUACCUAUGGAGAGGAUCAAAUUUUAUUUUGGCUUUAUCCUGUAUCGCUUCAUCCUGACCAAGGACUACUCAAGUCCUACGAUUCUCUACACUCGAGGAAUCCGAGACAGGGCGGUGGUCAUGGUCAAUGCUGUACCUUUUGGCAUCCUGAAAAGAGAGUUCCAGAUGUCUGUGAACAUCACAGGCAGUAAAGGACAGGCGGUGGACAUUUUAGUGGAGAACCAAGGCCGUAUCGGUUUCUCCACCAACAUGAACUUCAAUAUCAAAGGAAUUGUAGAGAAUGUAACCCUUGGAGGAGAACUGGUGAGUGACUGGUGGAUGUACCCCCUGCACCUGGAGAACAUCAACGGGACCACCAACAUUCCUAGAAAACUGACUCACAGCGUUGCACCACGUUCGUCUGAUGGGACAAUGACGACACCCUCCAUCUACGUAGGUGAGAUUGACAUGCCAGGCUCUACGGAGCCACAAGACACCUACUUGGAUCCUCGGCCGUGGGGAAAGGGCCAGGCCAUCAUAAACAACUUCAACCUUGGACGUUACUGGCCAAAACGUGGACCUCAAGUGACCUUGUACGUUCCGAAACCCGUUUUUGUCAACCCUCCAGCUGUGAACAGACUCUACCUGUUUGAAGUUGAUUCAGCACCGUGUUUUGACAGUACUGGGGAUGACGGCUGCAAUGUCACCUUCACAGACACUGCCUAUAUAGAUGGCCCAAACACUCCGGACACUGUUUCUUCUAAAUUUGAGAGUUAUAAGUUGACUCAUCAUUAAUGCUUUGUCCGGCAAUGUACUUUUUGGGGGCAGUUCUUCCAUUUUUUUAAAACAUGGUGAAGCAAGCAGGUUGAACGUUCCAUUGAUCUGUGAAUGCUAAAUUCAUUUGCCUUUUACACAUAUGCUCGGAAAUCGUUUGCAAGGAGAAGCAUGCCGUACUUAAGCAAGAGAUUAGAAUUUUACCUGGACCAAAGUAAUCAUCUUGUUAGGAAUUUGCGUACCAUAAUCUCUACUCAUAAUCAGAUAUGAAUUCCUUUUUGUGUUUUGUUUUAGUUGUUUUUUUAAACCCCAUUGCCUUUACUACCUCUGGUGGUGCUUUUCUAUGAGCUACUACAGAUUUAUUGAGGUCUCAUGUGAUAUUGCCAGUUUCAUAUCUCUGACGAUUUAGAGGUCUUUGAUCCGUAUAAUUGAUUAUUUCUGAAGACCUCUGUCAGGGUCUGUAGAAUCAUCAAUAUACUACAAAUGUGUCUGAUAGUGAUAAUUUCCAGUAUUAUUCUUUGUGCUCAAUAAGCAGAGUCAGUGUAAUUUUCUCAUGUGCUGUGUUUUUUGUAUUGAUGACCGGUGCCUUUCAAUGACAAUGAGACGUGAAGUUGACUGCAGUACAGUCAGCAUUGGCUCAGAUAGCCACCCAUUGUCAAGGAGAAAAGUGACUGUCUUAGACAGGUUGGUGUCUUACAAGGUGUCUUUGUAAUAUAAAAAAUGCACAAAGGGGGGAGUGGGAAACGUCUGUUUGUACAGGUGAUUGUCUUAUACAGGUGGCCACGAGACCAGGUUUGAGUGGACUUCUUUUGUUUCGUGUUAACGUGAAAGUCUAGAUAACCAAACUAGUCAUUUAUUAUCAACCACAAGGGGCUUUCUGAAAUCUGUUAUGAGGCUUGCAGAAAUAUGUCAGAGUUCUUUGUUUGCAUCAAAACUUAUGUGCUGAAUAAGUAAGGAAUAUUUUGAAGCUUUUGAGUUGAUUGACAUUCUUAGUUUUCAUUCUGAAAUUAAUUUCGUAUUGUAAUGAUCUCUAGAAAAGUGUUUAUGGAAUAGAACUAUUAAACCCUCGGUGUGGACAAAUAGGAAGGAAA